AUACACACCCACAGACACACACCGCCUCCGCCGAGCUGUCAGUGAGCCACCGCUGCCUCACGCUUCUUCAUCUGCGCGUCCCUCUGCGCACCGCCGGUGCCUUCUGCUCUGCGCGUCCCAGCCAGCUGUGGUGUGGCGCACAUCUCACCCGCUCCGGAGCUCCGACCAGGGCCGACGCUGAACUGUUUCAAACCCUCGGAGGAAUUAAGGAAUAUGGCUUCUCAAGGGAUGGAGUGUCUGAAGCUGUCGGAGGAACAGAUUAAAGUGUUGGAGGACAGUUUCAAAGGCUGCAAGUAUCCGGACGAGACGACGCUCAUGUUGGUCGCUGCGGAGUGCGGACUGUCAGAGGAGGACACACUUAAAUGGUUCAAGCAGCGUAACGCACAGUGGCGGCAGUCGGAGGGUCUUCCAGCCAAACUGGGCUCGGUGUUGGACUGAGACUUCCCGACCACCUUCUGGAUGCCCUGAAGUUCUGUGCCGACCUUGUUUCUCCUGGAAAAGCUGUCCUCCCACCCUCCCUCCCUCCUCCUCAUACACGUCCCCUCUCCAUGUGUCAUAUCUCUCUUUUUGUAUCUAUGAAGCUGUUUUUAACUUACGGAAUGUGAAGGUGUUUUGUGUGUGUUAUUGCCAAUCAUAACCGCCAUGUUUACAGAAAUAAACAUAUUGUUAUUAUAAGUUAAA